AUGUCGCUAUCUAAAGUCAAGCACAUUGUGUUGAUCCUCUCUGGAAAAGGUGGUGUUGGCAAGUCGUCAGUCACGACGCAGCUGGCUCUAUCACUCUCCCUAGCAGGGCACUCGGUUGGGGUGCUCGAUGUCGACCUGACGGGGCCGUCCAUCCCCCGCAUGUUUGCCAUCGAGGAUUCCAAAGUCAUCCAGGCACCCGGCGGGUGGCUGCCCAUCACUGUCCAUGAAGCAGACCCUGCCGCAGGCAUCGGCUCCUUGCGUGUCAUGAGUCUGGGCUUCCUGCUGCCAAAGAGAGGCGACGCUGUGGUCUGGAGGGGGCCGAAGAAGACGGCCAUGGUACGGCAGUUCCUCAGCGAUGUCUACUGGGGCGACCUGGACUACCUCUUGAUCGACACGCCGCCGGGGACGAGCGACGAACACAUUUCACUCGCCGAGACGCUCCUCCAGAAGACCUCGCCGGGCCAGCUGGCCGGGGCAGUGGUCGUCACCACGCCCCAGGCGGUAGCGACAGCAGACGUGAGAAAGGAACUCAACUUCUGUGUCAAAACCAACAUCCGCGUACUGGGGGUAGUGGAGAAUAUGAGCGGGUUUGUGUGUCCAAACUGCUCAGAGUGCACCAACAUCUUCAUGAGCGGGGGAGGCCAGGUCAUGGCCCAAGACUUCGCGGUCGACUUCCUGGGCAAAGUCCCCAUCGAUCCGCAGUUCAGCAUGCUGGUGGAAACGGGCCGCGUGCCGCAGUACCCGGCUGGUACGGAGGUCAACGGCAGAGACAUGUCUACGACGCAAGAAGCGGGCGACCCGGGAGAGAUCAGCACGCUUGUCCGGAAGUACCAGUUCUGUUCGCUUGCGCCGAUCUUCAACACGGUCACGCAAGGCGUUAUCCGAGCCGUCGAGACUGCGGGAUGA